AUGGUUGAUAUGCUCGACGAGUAUUUGCAUGUGGUGAGGAAUUCAUUCGGGCACCCACAACCGAAGAUUGUCAACGGUUGCUUCAUCUUCACGAAACAGCCCACGGAUUUCCUUGUAUGCUUGACAGCAUUGACUGCAUGCAUUGGAGGUGGAAGAAUUGCUGAAUGCUUGGAGGGGGCAACACUUAAGCGGCAACAAAGGCGGCGGCCAACGCUUAUCCUUGAAGCGUGUGGCCAAUCCAACAACGACUUGAACGUGCUCUAUUCUUCACCCCUCUUCAAUGAUCCUUUGAAUGGUGUAGCACCGGUGAUCGAAUUCACCGUCAACGGAAAUCCAUACCACAUGGUGUACUAUCUCGCCAAUGGUAUCUUUCCAAGGUGGCCGACUUUCGUGAAGACGCUCAACAUGCCGCAAGACCCGAAACAGGUUCUUUAUGUGCAACGUCAAGAGGCUGCUCGGAAAGUCGUCGAAAAACUUUUGGGGUCCUUCAAGCCCGAUUCAACAUUGUGA